CCACCCGUCAGGGUCCUGCGGAGCAGCCAGGGCGGCUCUGUGUCGCUCUCAUCCUUCAAGGGGAAGCAACCCGUCGUGCUCUUCUUCUACCCCAAGGCCGCAACCCCCGGCUGCACCAAGGAGGCCUGCCGCUUCCGGGACGAGUACAGCCGCUUCACUCAGGCGGGUGCGGCCGUGUACGGCAUUUCCUCUGACGCCCCGGAGGAGAACGCCGCCUUCGCCAAGGCCAACAACCUGCCGUACCCUCUGCUGACUGACCAGAACGCCAUUCUGCGCAAGACCUUCGGCAUCAAGGCGGACCUCCUGGGCCUCCUGCCGGGCCGCCAGACGUAUGUCAUCGACGUGUCCGGUCGCUGCGUGCUGUCCUUCAACGACCAAUUCAACGUGGAGCAGCACGUCGAUGAGGCGCUUAAGGUG